AUGACGACCGAAGCUCCAACACAUACCCAGGCCUACCUUGACUCCAACAAGGGUCCGGUCAUCUUGGGGGUCAUACUUACCGUGUCUAUUCUCAGCACGAUAUUUGUCGCUGGGAGGGUGUACACUCGCAAAAAGAUCCUGGGCGCCCUGCAUCUUGAUGACUGGCUUACGAUUGUGUCGGUGAUAUUCGUAUGGACUCAGGUUGCCCUCUCUAUAAUAGCUGUCCGUCGGGGCAAUGGCAGACACUUUGAUACCCUCUCCCUGUCGCAGAAGCAGGAUGCAAUCCUCUUCACGAUAUUGGGAUUCCCCUUUGGAGUCAUGGCCUUUGGCAUCCCCAAGCUAGCCGUCGUCGCCUUGCUGACGCGCAUCAUGAACCCUGGACGAUUGCAGCAAGUCAUCCUCUGGGGUCUCGCCGGGUGCUGCAUGCUGAGCUUGGCCGUGUGCAUCAUCAUCCUGUUUGCGCAGUGCAGACCUGUCCAGUCCCAGUGGGACUUUUCCAUCACCGAAAAGACGUGCUGGAGUCCCUACAUCCUGGUCGACUUUGCCAUUUUUGCUGGAGCACUGUCUGCGACUACCGACCUGUACCUUGCCGUGUACCCCGCUGUUAUUCUGUGGCGAUUGCAGAUGAACAUUCGAAAGAAGAUUGCCCUGUCUUUUGCUUUGGGGAUUGGGUCCAUUUCCACCAUCGUUGCCAUCUACAAGUGCACUCGGCUUCCAUCAUUAGCAAGUCCAGACUUUUCUUAUGAUACCUCGGACCUGGUCAUCUGGACAAUUAUCGAAGCGAGUACCAUCAUCAUCGCAUGCUGCAUCCCCGUCCUCCAACCCCUCGUCGAUCUCCUCAUGGGCCGCCGUACCUUCGACACCUCGUCGGGUGGAUAUAAACACUAUAACUCGGCGGGAUAUCAAAACUACGGCUCCUCUCGAACGGGGCAGCACCGAUCGGAUAUCGAGCUCAGUACGAGCCGACAAGGUCAUACAGCGACACAAAGAGACAUGUCCAAUGUCAAGUAUCUCGGCUCUGGUGCUGCAGAGCUCGACUCACAAGAGAGCAUCCUCCAACAUGACCCUACCAAGACACCAGACCAGACUUCCGUUCACACACCAGUAUGA